GGCUGAGAGGCAGAGCAGGGCGGCCAGCUGUGAGCCGAGCGGAGCAGGGUCAGGAUGGACGAAGACGUGCUGACCACCCUGAAGAUCCUCAUCAUCGGCGAGAGUGGCGUGGGCAAGUCCAGCCUGCUCUUGAGGUUCACAGAUGAUACUUUUGAUCCAGAGCUGGCAGCAACAAUAGGUGUUGACUUUAAGGUGAAAACAAUUUCAGUGGAUGGAAAUAAGGCUAAACUUGCAAUAUGGGAUACUGCUGGUCAAGAAAGGUUCAGAACAUUAACUCCCAGCUAUUAUAGAGGUGCACAGGGUGUUAUAUUAGUUUAUGAUGUCACAAGAAGAGACACCUUUGUUAAACUGGAUAAUUGGUUAAAUGAGUUGGAAACAUACUGCACGAGAAAUGACAUAGUAAACAUGCUAGUUGGAAAUAAAAUUGAUAAGGAAAAUCGUGAAGUUGAUAGAAAUGAAGGCCUGAAGUUUGCACGGAAGCAUUCCAUGUUAUUUAUAGAGGCAAGUGCAAAAACCUGUGAUGGCGUACAGUGUGCUUUUGAGGAACUUGUUGAAAAGAUCAUUCAGACGCCUGGACUGUGGGAAAGUGAGAACCAGAAUAAAGGAGUCAAACUGACACACAGGGAAGAAGGGCAAGGAGGAGGGCCCUGUGGUGGUUACUGUUCUGUGUUAUAAACUCUGGGGAACUCCAUCUCUUGCAUAUUUGAUCAGAUAAUGUCAUCUUUCUGUAUAUAAACUCUUUAACUGCUAUUUUAGGGUCCUUGCAGUUUGCACAUAUUUGUUUUGUAUCAUGGCAGUAAAUAUUUGCAAGAAAUCCCACUUAUCGACUUUUCCAGGUAAAACAUUAUGGUAAGCAUGCACAGUUUGCAAUCUGCAGUUUUUUAUGUAACAUAAAAUAGGUGUACCUUUAUAAGUACAUUUGAUUUUAUGAUUUACAUUCAUCAUGUGAUUUUUUUAAAAAUCCACUUAUCUAGUGUAUGUUGAUACAAGGUCUAUUUCUGGUGUCCUUUUCAUUUAAAUACUCAUCAAUUACUGAAUUAAUUGGUAUGUAGAACUCCUAGGACCCCUGGGAGAUAUACAGGUAUCAUCAAACCUGGCAAAUUUCCCUUCAGAAAUAACAAAGAGCAUAUGAUUCCGUAACUUUUCUAGGAUGUUUGUGGAUGGAUUCUCUUUUAGUACUAAGCAAAAUUCUCUUUACAGGAUGUAGUCCAGGCCAAUUUAUAAUUAAAUCUCUGUUUGUUCUGAUGAUGCUUCUAAAAUAGCAUCGAUAUGUUAAAGAAGUUUGGUCUUACUUUUAAUUUAGUUCAAGAGUAGCUCAGUUGCUUAACUGGAGUUUUAAUUCUGUGAUAUGUACAUGGGAUUCAUGACCCUUUGUGCAGCAUUUUUGCUUAUGUGGUGUUUGACAGGAUAGCAAUAAGGUUUCCCCCCAUUUUCUUUUCAGAAGGACAGGAAUGGUGUGUUUACAUAACUCAUGUAGUACUUUUACCACCUUUAGAAACAACACCUUUUCCCAUAAAUGUUGGUGGUGUUUGUGCAAGCACUUCAGUUGUAGCUUGUGUAAUGUUAAUGAAUAUCUGUAUCUUAUGACUUCCAUAAAUGGCUAGUUGAUACUCAAAAGCCUACUUCUGUGUUUUGAGGGUUGGGGGAAAACACACUAAAUUAUAAUUUGAGGAAGGCGUAUUGCUUCCAGAUGUUGAUGUGUGUGGGAAAAUACUGUUGCAAUGAAAAUCUUGGUAAUUUACUGUAACAAGUAGCCAAUACUUUAUCAAAACCAACUUGUACAGACUAAUAAAUCUUUUCCACAGUAUUCAGUUUUCUAACCUCUUGCUGUUGUACACUGUAUAUUUUUUCACUCAUAUAUUUAAUUUACAUUGAUCUCUGCUAUUUUAAGCCUCCAGAUAAGUAAUUUGUCCUUUCAGGCAGGUACUCUAAUACCCCUCAGUAAGAUUAAUAAGAAAUAUUAAUUUCUGGGCAGUUUGUUCUCUGUAUACAGGUGCAAAUGAUAAACAUUUUUGUGGGUCACCUUUGCAAUAUGUGUGAUAAUGGGCUGAAAUGUACAUCUUCACAUAAGAAAACCUUACAUUCUACGUGGUUCACACUUGUUAGACUACAUUUGAUUAAAGGUUUUCUGCAUUAUGUAUGUUUUUACUAAAUAUGAAACAUAUACUACUUUAAUGUUGGAGAAAGAUAGCUAACACAUGUACUUAACGAUUUGUUGUUACAUUAGAACUGUAGAUUUGUAUAUUUAUGUAGUUUCUGUAUUGACACUUCUGUUUAUUGCUUUUUGCUCCUUGAACUAUAUAAUACUCUUUCUGUGCAUUGGAUUGUCUUGACUUGGUCAGAAUUUGGAUACAUAUGAGUCACUUAACUUUUAACAACUAAUUUUGUUUGAUUUAUAUUGUAACCUUUAUAGUGUUUAAAUAAAUAUAGGCUGCUUUCCCUA